GUCCGAGCGACCCUGUAUAUGAUGGGUUUGAUUUGGAGCUUCUUUGCUGUGGCCAUUGUGGCCGAUGCGUUUAUGCGUGGAGUAGUAAGGAUUACAAGUAAAACAAGAGUUAUUCAAGUAGCCGAUCCCAACACAAAAACAACGACGGAUGUAGAAGUUAAAGUAUGGAACGAUACUGUGGCAAAUCUUACUUUGUUAGCUUUUGGAACAAGUGCUCCGGAAAUCCUCUUAUCUGUGAUAGAAAUUGUUGGUGGUAAUUUCAAGGCUGGGCCACUGGGUCCCGGUACUAUAGUCGGAUCAGCGGCUUUCAAUCUUCUCAUCAUUACCCCGAUAUGUAUUAUGUCCAUUCCUACCGGAGAGACUAGACGUAUUGAAAAUUUUAAGGUAUUUGCAUUAACCACGUGUUCCAGUAUCUUUGCUUAUUUAUGGCUAGUAAUAGUCUUGGUUGCGUUCAGUCCUGGCAUUGUUGAAGUAUGGGAAGCCGUCAUUACUUUCCUAAUGUUCCCCGGACUUAUCAUGUCUGCUUAUGCUGUGGAUAGGAAUUGCUGUAUGGAGAGUGAAUCAAGUAAAUCUGAGCUGGGUGAUCUAUUCCUAGAUCAGUUUGGUGAUCUAUUCCCGGUUUCCGACACCAGUUUGGGUUUGGAAAGGAAUAAUUACAAACACAGAUAUUAUUUAUCUUUUGACAUAUCCCUGUAUAGUAAUCAUUCUCGUGUGAUGUUUAUUUACCAUUCUUCCCUACAGGAACUAGAACGAGAUCCAUCCCUAUCGGUAGAUCAGGCAGCCAAAGUUGCAACUGCAAAGCUGGCAGCCAAUCAACACCAUAGUUCAUUAUGGUACCGAGUCAACGCUACUAGAGUGAUAACUGGUGGAAGUAAACUGAUGUAUGAAAACCUUCAACCAGAUGCUCCUGCUCGACUUGCACCCUCGGAAUUAGAAGCACUGAGUGAGGGUGGUAAAAAGUCUGUGGUAGAGUUCACAGCUUCAUCUUGUUCCGUUUUAGAAAAUGAGGGCAGUGUGAGAAUUGGUAUCAGGCGAUUCGGCAAUACUUCACUUAAUAUAACCGUCAGUGUUGAAACGAUUGAUGGUUCUGCUGAAAGCAAUAGUGAUUAUGUACCAUUUAGUGGAACGGUAACAUUCAAAUCUAAGGAGGUACUGAAAGAAAUAUUUAUCAAGAUUAUUGACGAUGAUGUUUGGGAACCAGAUGAGUUUUUCUUCGUCAAAUUGUUUUUAACUGAAGAUCAGAAAAAUGUUGCCUUGGGAAAAACUUCCAUUAAUCAAGUCACUAUCGUAAAUGAUGACGGUGAACCAUAUUAUGCUAUAUGGAUAUUCAUAUCAAAACCAAGUUACAUCGUAAAAGAAAGCAGUGAUUUUGCUAUGUUAAAUGUCAACAGAAUUAACGGGGCUGAUGGCGAAGCGUCUGUCGUAUGGACAACUAAAGAUCUGACUGCUAAAAGUGGUGUAGAAUAUUUUGGCGGAGAAGGAAACUUGACCUUCAAGCAUGGAGAAGCCAGCAAAGUUUUAUCUAUACAGAUAAAUAGAAUAAUGGUAUUUUUCUUUCAGAUCAGUACAUCUAAAUAUUAUAUUAUCAUCUUUACUUCCAGUCAUUACAAGAACCAAAUUUCCAAGUGGAAUUAUCUUCACCAUCAGGGGGCGCUGAGAUUGGAAACUAGGCUGAAAAGUCUUUCUAUAAUAAAUACAGGGCUUGAUAUUAAUUUCAAUUUAUUUUCAGAAUUUAAUCAUAUGGUAUCAAGAAUCGCUAACAAAACCGAAAAGAAUUUAGAAGGUUUGAAAUUAGAUACCGGUUCAUGGGCCGAACAAUUCCACGAUGCUUUCAAUGUCAAUGGAGGUGAUGCCGAGAAUUCAUCAGCUUUGGAUUAUAUAAUGCAUUUCAUCACAUUUUUUUGGAAGGUUUUGUUUGCCUUCAUUCCACCACCAACAAUGGGGGGAGGAUGGUUCACGCUCAUCAUCGCGUUGGUCUUCAUUGCAUUUUUUACCGCCAUUAUAAGUGACCUUGCUUCUAUCUUCGGCUGUUUGAUCGAGUUAUCACCAACUAUAACAGCUCUGACAUUCGUAGCACUGGGAACUAGUAUGCCAGACACAUUUGCCAGUAAACUUGCAGCACAGAAUGAAAAAACUGCCGACAGUUCGAUUGGAAAUAUCAAUGGAAGUAACUCAGUCAACGUGUUCCUUGGAUUAGGUAUGCCAUGGGUGAUUGCUUCUAUAUACUGGGAAGCACAGGGACUGAAAUUCGAGGUACCAUCAGGCUCGUUAGUUUUUAGUGUCAUUCUGUACACAGCAUGUUCCUUCCUUGCCUUGUUUGUCUUAAUGUUACGGCGAAAUUUAUCAAUGUUCGGACGCGCUGAAUUAGGUGGGCCGAGUGGACCAAAGAUUUUUACUGCCGUGAUUAUAAUGCUUUCGUGGGUAUUCUAUGUUGUUUUAUCAUCUUUACAAGCU